GCAAUUAGUAAAUUUAGGAAUCACCUGACGAUACCGAGUCGAUGUCAACAACUUUCAUCGUGGAAUGAUUGUUCUUUAUCAAUUCUGCAAAAGUACGUGACAUCCUGCAUUAAUAUUACUUAGACUUUGUAGGGUAGCCCGCUUACUUAUGGUAUUUAAGAUUUAAAUUAAUUAUUUUACCCACCAUUUGACGUUAGAUAUAAUUUUUUUGCCGAAACCAGAAGUAAAAGUCACGAAGAGGGGGCGCAGGCAGGGUUGUCAAGUCAUUAUUGUCAACAAACACUGUUAUUGUUUUUUACAGUACAAAAAUCUCAAAAAUAAUAAUAAUAUUAACAAUAACAUUAAAAAUAAGUAAUUUACUCAUUUGUUUGGGGGGGGGGGGGGGGGGGAAAAGCCAAAAGAUGGGGGGAGGAAAAGGGUUUUCUUUUGACUUUUUUUACAGUACAAAAAUCUCAAAAAUAAUAAUAAUAUUAACAAUAACAUUAAAAAUAAGUAAUUUACUCAUUUGUUUGGGGGGGGGGGGUGAGAAAAGCCUAAAGAUUGGGGGAGGCAAAGGGUUUUCUUUUGACUUUGAUGUUGACAGUUGACAUCAGAAUGACAAGACUUAAUAAUAACACUAUGGUAUGAUUAUGUCUAUGUCUAUGAUUAGUAGUAGUUAUGAUAUUGAUUAUGUCUAUGGGGAUAACAAGACAUGAUUGAUAAGUUGUAAUUGUAAGUCAUAAAAAUGUAUGUGGAAGACCUGGACAUUGGAAUACAGCUAAAAACUUUUAACUGCUAAAAAAAAAGAAAUAACAAGGUAAAAUAAGAAGUAAAAUUUAAAAAUGAGAAAAACUUACUCGUUGAAAAAAGAUAUACUAUAACCAGAGUGAUAAGUCUUUAAAAAAAAAUAACUUUAAAUCAAUUAAAUGACUGACGAAGUACAAGUUAGUAACAACCAAAAUGUAAUUAAAUUCAACACAACCAGGUCAAAAUAAAGAGAACUUAAAUUUCUACUAGCAUCACUUUCCUAAUAGUGUAAAAUAGGUGACCAAACGUCCCGUAAAAACGGGACUUCCCGUUUUUUCACGAUCGUCCCAGUGUCCCAAAAAAGUCUCUUGGGACACCAAAAUGUCCCGUUUCUAAAACCAAACAUAUUUUCAAAUCACUAAAACUUCCUGAUUUAUAAUAUAACUUCGAGUAAUAUUUUGACUAGCUGUGCAGCCAGUGCCAGUAGUGAUGUGGGCUCGUGUGACGGCUAAACUGUCCCCCUCCACCACUCUGCUGACGCUGCAUAAACGACAAUGUCCCUGCCAUAGAUCUUAUAUGUAUAGCGAAAGAAAUGAGACUUGAAGCUGUGGGGGGAAAAGGACAUAACUGCAUGGAGUGGAUACCCUUUCUGCAAUCCUGAGGUUCUCUACAUUUUUGAAAUGGACUGUUCUAGUUUUGACAACUUUAUAUUAGAUAAGAAGGAGGUUUUAACAAUGACUGGAACAACAGCCAAAUAUCCUCGAUUUAAAUCCUGACUAGAGAAAUUUAAUUUGUUGUACUGUAUGUUGUUGUAAAAUAUGUAUAAAAAUGAAUAAGUCUUCAAUUAUUCACUGCAAAAUUAUUGUUUUCGUUUAUGGUAUGCCUCAGAGAUUAAAUUAAAUUACAAAAGUGAAGGUAAAUUUAAAAAGAUUUCUAGGUCUCAAAAUAGUUAAAAUGUGCAUAUCUCAAUAAAAAAUUUCCGGCGGAGACCCCCGGACCCCUCUUUAGCUGUAGGGUAUCCCCCAAAAUCCUCCUUAGGUGUGUCCCCUUUUUCCCAGUUCAUGAUGUGGUCACCCUAGUGUAGAAUGAUGUAUACUAAAUUCCAAUAUAUCCCAAAACUCAUCCUUGAAUUUUGAAAUCCCGUCCCAUUAAUCCUCUUGAGACAUAUCCUUUUUUGACUGGAGCCCUUUUCACAAGCCCUGCACUUUGUAAAAAAAAUUUAUAAAAAAUAAACUAAAAUUAAUUUACAAAUAUAAAACUUUAUAUAUUCUUGUAGGGCAUCAAAUGAACUAAUUCAAUCUUUAUGAAUCAAAGUGAAAUCUCAACAUUUAUGCUAUUAAGAUAUCAUAAUUUGCAUAAUUUAUGCUUGCAAUAUUUGUUUAUUCUUAGAAAAAAAUUAAAUUAAAUGAAAUUUAAUGUGAAAAACUGCAUAAAAUCCUCCACUGUGGUGCUAUUGUCCUGGGGUUCCACUUUUCCGGAUUCGUGAGGCUAAAUACUUUUCGGCUCUGGAUUUACAAGUUUUUAUUUUCUCUCACUCCGGAUUCACCAGCUCAAUUUAUUCAAAUACGGAUUCUGUUUGUUUUUUUUAAAAUCGUGUAGUGUAAGAACAUGCGAUUGCCUAUUCAGCGAGGAGAGGGUUUGCUAUAAAUAGAACAGGUAAUGCGACCUCUCGCUUUUGUUUGCAAACCUCUCACUUUCGUUUGCAAGCACCUCACUUCUUGCUGUGUCAAGUUACUUUCUACAGUAUAUGAAUUUUAUGAGUUUCGUUAAGUUUCAGGGUUUGACAAAUUUGUUAAUGUAGUUUCAAGUUUCAAGAAAUUUUUAGAAAGGGAUUUCAGGAUUCACAGCUUUCAGUGAGUGGCACCCAUGCUUUUGUCUUUUGCAUAUUUCAAGAUCAAAUAUUUUUUAACCAUUUAUAGGGGUUACUAGGUACAAAAACAAAUUGCUAUAAAAUGACAGAACACUGUCAUCAAUGAAAGCCAUCAUUAAAAUGGUGAGAUGAGGAAGAAAUGGGAUAAGCAAUUAAUUAGCUUGUGCAAAGACCAGCCAGCCAAUGCAUUAUUGGGCUGAUGAAUCUGCCAUUUAUCUUUUCACCGUUCGAUUCUGAGCACCUCUCUCAAGAGGGUUAAUGGCUCUGUCAUCUGCUGUGGUAACUUGGGGGUAUUUUAAAUAAAUCCACUUGCUUAUCUUGUCAUUCUAUAUCACCCGAAGCCAGAAACCUUUUCCUGGCCUACCCUUUAUAAGUUUUUAUAUUUUAUUUUUAAAUAAAGAAAAUAUGUUUCUGCUAAGUAUAUUUAUUGCAAGCUUUUACAUUAAAAAAAUAACACAUACAUUUGAUAAUAUGAAUAUUUGUAUGUGACUUAUCUAGUAGAACACUAGUUAAAAUAAAUAAUCUUAAUCCCAAUUGCGCUAUAUAAUUUUCAUUAUUCUUUUUCAAUACCCUAUUAUCUACUGCAUGGAAUAUAUGUAAUUUUUAAAAGAUUAUAAAACCAUUCAUAAAAUGUAAUUUUAAGCCUUUUGAACCUCUGUUUUGAAAAUUAUAAAACCAGGCAAAAAGUAGAUAUUAUUCAACUCCGGGGUUUUUAACCAGGGGGGAAAGCACCCCCAGGAUGUGCAGAAGACGGUAUGAGAGUUGCGAGAAAACCCUCAAAAUCAGGUUUAUUAGCAUUUUUAUUAGCAAUUUUUGUUUUGGGAUGCAGUAAAUAUAUUUUGAAAUAGAAUUUGGGGUGCGAAAUAUAUUGAAAUAAAGAGGGGAUGCGGCACUUAAAAAGUUUAAGAAUCCCUGGCUUUACUGGAUAACUUAGAAAAUUAAUCAAAUCUAUCAAUGACACAAUUCUCACCAGAAAGGGACAUCUUGCAUAGAUUCUAGUGACUGACAUCAUAGCCAGGGACAUAACUUAUCACAGCUUUCUCACAUUAUCUCAACCUCUGUUAAAUCACAUGCAUUCUUUCCCUAUCAUUUAAUACAUCACAAUAUUAUUUAUAUCAUACAACAGGUAAAAUAAUCCAAGAUGAUUCAGUACAGUCCCCAUAUUGAUGAGGAUGAAGAAGAAAUCGAAGGGGUUGAGUUGACCAGAACAGAGCUCGUUUUCCAACAGAUGCAUGCUAGGGGUAGACACUGGCCACGAGCAAUUGGUGUAGUUGAGAUUAUUACUGGUAUCAUAUUGACUGUUUUAGGUAGGAAUGUUUCAAUGAUUUAUUUGUAUUUAGUUGUAAAACAAUGCAUACAUCUUCUGAGAUAAAAUUAUUUUAACGGGUCUAUAAAUAAAUAAAGAGCUGUCAUACAUUCUUACUGCACUUAUUUGUUAGUUAUUUUUAAAACAGCAUAACCUUGUUUUACCUUUAUAAAACAGCUUGUUUUUUUUUAGGGAUUUUAUGCUUGCAGUAUUUAAUUAAAACUAAAAUCACUUAAGCUUUUUUUUAAAACAGCUUUUUUGAAACAGCAUAAUAUGGUCAUUGCAUUCAUAAUAUAAAAAUGACAGGUGUCUUUGAGGUCUUUAUCCUGCCCCUUAUAGAGAGCAAAGAUGGAGAUGAGCUCAUUAUUUUUAAUAAAGGAAACUGUUAUGGCGUUGGUCUAUUGGCAGGAGCCACAGUGAGUUUUACCCUGCUUUCCUUUUUAAUUCUUAUAGUAGACCUGUUUACUCUUACGAUUUUGGCGUACAAUGUACGAUUUUUAGGCGUAUAGGUUGUAUAUACUGUUUAUUUUUUACUAUAAAUAUAACGUAUUGAACGAUUGUGUGAUGAUAUUUUACGAUUUUAAAAGUUUGAGAGUAAACAGGUAUGUUAUAGGAUUUUAUCAUUAUGAUUGUAUUGUAAUAAGUAAAUAUGUGUUGAUGUGACUACUACUACUACUAGGUGUCUUGGGCAAAAUAAGGAAGUCAAAUGAUGUAAAAUUUUUGUCAUCUGGUUUGGUUGUAGAUCUGAUCUUUUAUUUUCAGAUGGUAAUAACAGGAAGCACUGGAGUCAGAGCUACUCUCAGCAAAAGAGAUACAACCGUAAGUUUUCUGCCAGAUUACACAUAUCCAAAGUUGAAGUGAAAAUUAUAAUUCAGUUGUAAAGAAAUUUACUUCAUAUAACCAUUGAACCUUUAGUUUUUAAGAACAAAAUCUUUUGAUCUUUUCAAAAUAGAAAUUUUAAAAAUUGUAUUUGCAGGUGCUGAGAUUUUUUAACUUGACAAUUUUGUCACUAAUUGUGUAUGCUGGUCUUACAUUAUUUCUUAUUGUGGCUUAUGCAAAUGGUUGGACUGCACCAGAUCAGUAUCAGGUACUUAAAGCAAAUUAGGCUAUUUUACAUAAAAUUAACACAGCUAAUGAUAGGAAUACCAUAUAAUAUGUUGCAAUACAGUCUCCAAAUUUAUAUUAAUUUUGAUGUUUUUAUGAUGUUCCUAACCUCUGGAUUUAAUGAAAUGAUUUGUUAGCAAAACUUUUCCCAAAAAUAUCAAACUACUCAAUGUUUUUUUAAUGGUCCAGAAUGGGAAUCAAAACUGCCCAUCUCCACAUUAUGAUCCAAAUUAUGUACCAACAUAUAAAAAGGCUGCGUCAAAUUUUGAUUAUGCUGUUAAAAUUACCCUCCUUAUCAUUAAGAGGGACAUUUCUAUUCCUCUUUCACUUGCACAUUUUGUGGAAUGGGUAAAUCAAGGAUCCGCCAAACUUUGAUAAAUUAAAAUAUGCCUCCAGACUGAGCUGUGUACAAAAUGUCAGCUCUAUACCAUUUUUACAUACCAGAGAUAUUAGCUGUUGAAUCUACUAAAAAGUGUUAAAACAAAAUCAUAAAAGUUAUAUUAAAAUUCCAUAUUUUAUAAGCUUUAUUUAUGGUACGCCUGUUAACAGUGGCAAGGUUUAGUUAAUGAUUAUGCUAAUUAAAUAAAUACUUUGCUGUGUAUAAUAUGAUGAAUUAUUUAUCUUGGACAGCCUGGCAGCUAUAUGGGGGAAGUCCACGUGUUUGUCACAAUAUUCACAGUGAUGGGGCUACUGUUUGCUUUAACUGGAUUUGUGCAGUACUUUGAUGUCAUCUGCUGUGGGGCUAUCCCCUUGUGGGUGCAGUGGAUUAGAUGUUUCUGUGGAUGCUUUUAUAGGGUAAACUCUUUUUUUUUCCUAUUACCAAUAAUAAUAAUUUUAUAAAUGUGAAUCUACAAUUAUUUAAAAUGGUGUCAUCAAUAGCUCAAUAAGUAAUAGCGCCUGGACACGUCCAUUUUCAAAAUAUUUUUAUAAAGAUUGUGUCAUUGUACUCACAGGUUUUGAACCAAAUCUUGCUAGUGGAACAUCACAUUUGGCGUAAACAUUGUUUGAGUCACUACAACUCCAUGUAAAUUGUCAAAUAUUAAAUAUUAUUGAUCACAACCCAAUACUUUUCUGCAAGUGGACUGGGAAAUCAUAAUAUUUUAAACCAUUACUUUUAAAAUGCUAGAAAAAAAGUAAUCUGCAGCUUGUAAAAUGAUUUAGCAGUAAAUACAUGCAUUAUUUUAUUAUAAUGACUUUUUAUUCAGAAAAGCUCUUAGUAAAAGAAUAGUUUACAUCUCGGGGACUCCGUAAAGAAGACUAGUCUUAUUCUGUAUAGUAAUUUCUUUUUCCUGCUUUAUUACAGUUUGAAGGUACUGCCUAGUCAGGUAUCACGUUGAAAACAUUUUUAUAACAAAAUUAAAUAUUAACAAACAAAAUAUACUUAUUCAGUUGUGUGUAAUUGAAAAAACCCCACUAGUUAUGGAGAUAUAAUGCUUGCGCAAAGGCUACAAUAUCUUGUUAUUUUUUAUAUUAUAAGUACAAACAAAUAUAACUAUUCUAUACACAUGUACCAUAAAAGUAUCAAUUGUCUGUACAAAAGUACCAUAAAAUAUCACAUAUCGUAUAUACUAAACAUUAGUCUGAGCCAUGAGUUUUGUAAAUUUAAAAUUAAAAAGUUUGGUGUGAAAAAAAUUUUGUUGGAAAUUUUUGCUCCCAUAACCUCAGCCCCUCAUAUAUCAUAUUUCUGCCUAUCGCAAUUUUUUUAAUCAUUGCAAAUAAAUUAGCUAGAUAACUUUUGUUAGACAUUGCUAUUGCUCUGAUGCUUUUAGUACUCAGUUUGUGUAUUCUUUUAGGUCAUCAAAACUUUUAAGAUCUUCUUAGCGUCAUGUAAUCUUUGAACACACUCAAAUUGUUUUCACAUAAUUUUUGUUAUUUUUAGUAAGGGUUGAAAAAGUUUAUUUCAUUCGUGACAAAAGCUGGGUUGGUGCAAAGAUGAUUUAAAAUCAUUUGGGGUCAUGAUGUGCAUUGCAUUUUUAAAUGGACAUUUUAAUAUCAGUCUUUCUUAUCCUGUGGUAGGCUUACCCCUGGGGUCAUGCGGAGGACCGAUUGGGGGUACCGGUACCUAAAAAUUAUAUUGAUAAUGACAAAAAGCUUUUUUACACCGAUUUAUUUUCAAAAAGCUAUAUUUCAAUAUUUAGAGGUAUAUCGACAACAAAUAUUUUCCACAAAAAUAUUUGUGAAAGAAAAUUAAUAAUGAGAACCCCAAACUGUUGUAUUAAAGUCUCAAUUGACGUUUUCCUGUUUUAUUGUGAAAUAUUUUAUUGCAAUAUUUUACUUUUUUUAAGAUUCAUUUGAGCUACAUCAUUUGUUUGUUUUUUUAAAAAGGAAGAAGCUAAAAUAACUAGUAAAACAGAAAAUAACAGCCAAUAAAUUUCAUUAGCUUUAUCUGCUGAAUUUGAUUAUUUACUAAUCUUUUUUAAAAACUUUUUUUUAGAGAUGAAUGGGUUAAGGGAAAAGAAGGGAGUGGUUGGUGUACUCAUAAAUAAAAUGUAUAAUCAAGGGGUACAGGGAGAAAAAAAAAGAUUGGGAACAGCUGCACUAGAUGAUAGAUCUGUUGACAAGAGUCAGAUGAGUAACAAGGACUUCAUUCUCCAGAGCUGAAACUGAAUGUUUUGGACUGCUCUGAGCUACAGCAAUUUUCUAUUAUUUUAAAAAACGGCAACCAUUUUUAAAAAUGUUAAAAGGAUUUUUUUUAAAUUUUACAAAUCAAAAGAUUGAAAAUAGAGUAAGCUGAAGUUUUAUUAGUCUUGUCUUUUCAUGAUAUGGUUAAGUGUAAGAGUAGAAGUCGGAAGCAGAGCUUUUAUUAAAAAUGGCUUUGGAUCUUGGAUCAUGCUGAGGGAUGUGGAUGCAGUUACCAUCUUCUCUACAGCAGAACAUAAGGUGGUACUGCGUAGCGCCGUAAGCACUAUGAGUUUUACUUGAUCCGUUUUAACUAAGUGUCUCUGCUGUGAAGAAUCAUGCCUCACUUUUCAAAAUUCCGCCCAGAAUUACUAAAGCCAUCUCACUUGUUGUUGGCUGUUACAUUGACCCCUAUGUCAUCAUCAUGCCAAAGCAGGUUUUAACAGGAAACUUCAGCUGCAUAAACUGGAAGUGCUAGUCAGAGGUAAUCAUAGACAUUCAGGGUAUUAAUUCUUUUUCCCCUGCACCACAGCCUGGGAAGAUGGUUGCAGCAGUGACAUUUCUGUCAGGCUUUAACCUGCAGCCUGGUGAUGUUACAAAUUUUAGGGGGCAUCAGAUUGUCCUGCUGCAUGAUUGGUCAAACGCCAAACUCACAACAAGAACUAAGCUGCAGGUGUACCAGGCCUGCGUACGGAGCACACUACUGUAUGGAUGCGAGUCGUGGACCACAUACUCUAACCACGAAAGAAGGCUCAAUGGCUUCCACCUCAGAUGCCUGCGCCACAUCCUUGACAUUAAAUGGCAAGACAAAGUCCCCAACACGGAUGUCCUGUCCCAAACAAACAUGUGUAACGUCCCAGCCAUGUUAAUCCAAAGACGCCUCCGCUGGCUUGGACCGUCAAGCGAAUGCAACCUGGUCGCAUACCAAAGGACGUGCCAUACAGCGAGCUGGCGACAAGGAAAAGUUCAGUUGGACGGCCUCGUCUGAGAUACUUAGACAUAUGCAAAAGAGACAUGAAGUCGGCCAAUAUCGAUCGACAUCUCAAACUGGGAGGAGCUGGCAGAGGAUCGAUCCUCAUGGCGGGACAUCGUGAAGGCAGGAUCACUACAUGCCGAGGAGCAAAACAGGGGGGAAACAGCUGCAAAAAGAGGGAGGAGGAAGGUCGGUAAACACUGCUACACCGCAUUCCUGUGUGGGAAAUGUAACAGAGACUGCCAAUCGAGGAUUGGUCUCACCAGCCACACCAAGAGCUGCAAGCAAUAAAGAUAAUUAUCGUCUCCCGCAGAUGGAAAGAUGCCAUACAUGAUUGGCUUACGAACUUUCAGAAAGAAAUUAUGUGCUUGAAUCCUUUAAGUGUGAAGGAACUCUACCCGGUUGUGAACCACAUCCUCUUACUCAACCAUGGUGUCCACAGACAUCUCACCAUCUCGGUAGGAAGUUGAUCCAAUAAAUAAUUAUUGAUGCUUGCUGCCAUGUUGUUUUUUUGUGUAAGAACAUUUCUUUCCUUAAACCGUACCCAAUUAUCCAUGUGUAAAUUUGUCAAAUAAAAGUAUAUGUUUUCACUCAUUGUCUUAAAGUCUAUAACAACUUCACAGAGAUACCCGGAGUGUAUACCUUGUCAUUAUUUUUGACAACUUCACAGCGAAUACCCGGAUUGAAUAUCACAUAUCCUAUUUGAAGAUGGGUGUUUAAGAACUCCCCUGCCUUUAGAUUGCUUGUGAGAUUAUCCCUCAUGUUAAGUCACAAAGGUUGGACUUGGAAUUAAGGCAAUAGGUGGGAUGACUUAAGACAGGCUUUGACCUUAUCAGAUUAUGUUAUUGUAAGAAAGACGAGUAGUAUCUGCCUGGAGUCACCCAACAGUAGCAUGAUAGUCCCACUCAUAGGGCAGUUACUUCUCCUGAUGCUCUGAAGGGUUCUAUCCAAUGCUUCUAUUUCCCCAUUGUGAGCCAUGGUGGAAUCAUCCCAAAAAUUCAUCUUGUACUCCAGAAGUACCUGAGCUGUAUUACACUGUUUCGAAAUGUACAAAGUAGUCUCAGAGUGACUUAAAUUGAGAGGUAGAUUGAAGGCAGAGGAGUGUACUGUCUCUCCACCAUCCAUAAAUAAUUAUUGUCUUUUCUUAUCUUGCUCUGUGAGGCAACAGGUUAGUCUCUGCACACCAAUAAAAAUAAAGUAUUGUCAAAUCUCAUGUUUAUUAGCAAAAAACCAUAGAAACCCUAUAGCCGGUUCACUGCAUCCUUUUUAAUUAUUUUUAAAAAAAAACUUUUUUGACAUUGAAGUGUAACAUCUUCCAAGUUUUAAUUUCCUAAAAUGACUAAGAAUGCUAUUCUAAUUAUUUCUAUUUUCAACUUCACAACCCCCACCCCAGAUUAGCACCUGAGGGAUUUUUUUUUAGAUUUCUCAAUUUUUGUAGGGAUGAUGAUAUCAGCAUUAUGUUGUCACCAAUGCCACUGAUCUUUUAUUUAUCUUUACCCACCUAGAAAGCUGCACCCUUUUUCUCCUUAAACUUAAAGCGGUCUCAAUUAAUUUUGAAUUAAUUAUCAUAUGUUAAACUUUAUUAAUAUUUGAUUUAGAAUUGACACCUUUAAAAAUAUUGAAUACCUAAAAUGAAAACAACGAAAUUCUAAUGUUGAAUAUAAUGAUUAAAUAUUAAUUAUUAUCUUGUCAAAUUUAACAAUAAUCCAGCUUAAUUGAUUUUUUUUUUAAAGUAUCUUCAUUUUAUGGGGAUAUUUAACCUUAGAAUCUGGGUUUAGUACUUAAAUUUAAAUAUUCUUGUUGCGUGCAAAGCUGCAAAAAUAAAACAGCACAUGUUCAAAUGCAGUGCAAGUACUAUAAAACUGCUAUCAAAACCCAAGGCAAAAAAAAAAAAACUGAAUUAGGAAAUAAACCAUUGCUUCUACUUCUAUAUCUGCUUCAAACUUUGAUCAUUUUAGACCACUUAAAAGCUAAAUUUUAAAAAAAACAACUGUCAAUGCAUGCCUAGGGUAUAAGAGGAAUCUCCAUUGAAAAUACAGCUUUAAAAGGCAUGUUGUUCUUGAGAUCUCUUACCUAUCGGUCAUUGAGAGGUAUUUGUCUAUAUAUAUAUAUAUAGAUAGAUUAUCUUCACGAAUAUUUGAUUCUUACCUGUGUAAUCAUACAUAUAUAUUUAUUUAUACGCUUGAAGCUUAUUACAGAUGUGAACUUAUGGCAAUGAUAUAAUAAAUCCCAUUUAGCCAGAUUCCCUUGUGCUAUCAUUUUAUGAAUAUUUUUGUAUGCUUUACCUCCCUCUCCUAAUUUAUUUAAGCGGAUAUUUUAUUCUCCUGUUUUUCGGUACAUGCUCCACUCCUUCAGCUAGAUUUUUUUUUCGUUAUAAUAGGUAAUGUGACAUUUCUGUCAUAAUUAUUUUUCAAUUUGAAGGCAAAAUAUCAUUUGUAUAUUGUAUGAGACAUUUAGAGAAAAAAAUCAUUUAAUAUAAUAAAAAGUUAAAUUAUUUAUAAUUAAUUUCCUCAGACUCAAAAAAUAAAAAUUUUACAAGUAACAAAUUAAUGUAUUUUUAACCUCUUUGAAGCAGAAUUUUGAUGUCAGUUACACAUAAAUGAUACAAUUAGUUGCACAAAAUGAACUGUUUUUAAUCUCUCCCUACAGAGGCCAGAACGGCUCUCAUUAGAAGCAUCCCUUAGAGAGGAAUUCAGCUCCAAUAACAAUCCCAUCUAAUCAUUACCAUCAUGGAAGUUCUAGCUGACUCCAAGACUAUUGUUUAAACAGAUUCCAAUAUCUUCCAUGGUCAAUUGUUUGCUACAGAUCAACAUUGUAAGUGUUGAGUAAGCAUUGUAAGGGUGAGAAGGAGUGAGGACAAGUGGCAUUUUUUUGUUGCUUGCUUACUUCAGUGCUGAAAUGUCUCCAAGAUUAUGGAGAUUUUACAUUAAUAAGUCACAUUCACUUCAUAAUUCACCUAGGUAACGUAGUAGAAUCACAAUUUUUUUCCUCUGUGUUCCAUAUAUCCAAAAGCUGUAACGACCCGUAUGUAUUACAGUUACAGCAUUAUUGAGUUUUACCAUGUUGUAAGACAUGGUGCCUGAUUAGAGCAUUCUAUUUUUGCUAAGGUUGGUGUCCAUAGUGGGCAUAUUUAUGUCACUGGUAAGGAACAGUGGGAUUUGAACCUGCUUUGAAUCAAUCUGCAUGUGUAUGGCUUAGUAACUAUUCACAAUUUGUUUGACAAAAAAACCAAGGAAUAAAUUAGGAAUUAACUUGAAUGUUUAUGAAGUAUCCAAAUACAAUUUUCAAGGUUCUUUUACUUGGAUUUUUAAAUAGUUAUAAAAUGUUAAUUACAAAUGUAUAGCUUUUGCUUCUUCUGUGUAGUUGGCUGUGUCAUAGACUGAGAACUGAAUGUUAAGCCAACUGCCCACAUUCUAACAAGUUAUUAAAUCUGGAUAAUUAUUUUGCAGAAACUUUGUCUAUGAAACGUAAAGAGAAUUUAUCUAUUUACUUAAAAAUAUCUUUGAUUCAUUUCUACUUUCAUUUUCUACUCUAAAAGUGUUAAGAAUCUUUGAAUAGUAUUUGAUUUCUUAUACUUGCAAUACAAGUUGCUAAAAAAUAAUGACUAAAAAUGAGGAGACAGCAAGUCAAAGCAAAUUUUUUAAAAAAAGUUUUGACUACUGGUACCUGUUAAAAAAUCGCACUCAAAAUUCAAAUAUUCAGUAUUUCAUAAUUCAUUGUUUUUUUUAGCAAAAAUCACAUUGUUUUAACUUUCAUUUACUUAUGUUGAAUUAUCAGUAUUUGUAUUUCAUAAUGCUGCAGAUAUCUAUCUUGACUUCAGUUGAAUUUUACUUUUCUGUCUGUGUAUUGAUGAUCAUUGACAAUUAUAAUGAUGGAUGCUAGCAAUACUCUUCGAAUCUUUUGCAUUUAACAUUAUUUAGAUUUACUGUUAUUUUUUAAUUUACUUUAUGGCAAACUUGAAAAAAAAAUGCUUUUCUAUUUUGAGAAUCAUUCAUGCCUGCCAUUUGCACCUUUUUGAAACAUUGAUCAAAAUACUAAGCUUCAUGUUACACUGUAUUUCUACAGUCAUGUUUAAAUUUAUCAUUCAUAUAUAAUGUUUAAAAAAGAGAUUAACAAUACAACAGAUGUGCACUGUCAAUAACUUAUGUUUUCUCUGUAUGUGACUGCAUUAGAACUAGGGGAACAUUUAUCAUUUAUUUAUCUCUCGUUAGCAGAAUCAUUUUAAUUUGUUAAUUUUUUUUUUUAAACACUUGACACAAUUAUUCAUCAGAAUGAAUUACUAAUUUAAGUAUAUAAUAUAAAUGAAUGCACUUGUAAAUUAUUGCAUUAUUUGGUCUACCUCUUACAUUUAUUUCAAUUGUCUAAGUUUUCUUAAAUCACUAAAUUGGCCAUAAGUUGAACAAAAUGACUAAUGGCUGUGAAACUGUUUUUGAAUGUGUUUUUGUUACUUAUUAUUUUAUCAUUUAUGCUCUGCCUAAUCUAUUUUUAAAUAUUUUGUGUAUAAAGAUAGAUGAUAUAAAUACUCUAUAUGAAAUUUUUAGAAGUACAAAUAAAAGUUUGUCCU